AUAUUUACGAGAAACCGGAAACCACUUUCGAUUUUAAACGAGUUCUUUUUCACCGAGGGCGAGAAACGAAACAAAAAAACAAACAGCAACGUUCUUUAAAACUUGUAAACAAACCACGAUAAGAAAUCACCAGCGCCACCCAGCGUUCUGGAGGAUACUGGUUAAAGACGUGCGCAUGCGCAAUGUGUCAAAGCGAGUGUGCGCGCGUGCGUAGUAUUGACGCCUCAGAAAUAGCUAGCAACAGAGGACUCGGUUCAGAAGUGUCACACAGGAAAAAAAAAAAAACACCAAACAAUUCACAAUUUAAAACAGUUAAUGUGGUAAUUUCGAGGUCACGGAGUUCGACAGGCAAAAUAUGGAAAUCGGGACGGAGAUCAGCAAAAAAAUACGGGCGGCAAUUAAAGGGAAGCUUCAGGAGUUGGGGGCAUAUGUGGACGAGGAGCUUCCUGAUUACAUCAUGGUGAUGGUGGCCAAUAAGAAGAACGCUCAGCAAAUGGCUGACGAUCUCUCGCUGUUUCUGGGCAACAACACCAUCAAGUUCACCGUGUGGUUACAUGGAGUGCUGGAGAAGCUCCGAUCAGCUGCAGUAGAACCCGCCUCUAUCCGCACUAAACAACUCCCGUCUGAUACCAGCACAUCCAGUCGGGAAGAGCACAAAGGGGAGGAGUCUCGAGCUCUCACUGUGUCCAGCUCGCGCUCUGAUAGGUUAGAAGGACGGGUGUCUAGCUCCGCCCACGAGCACCAUGGCAGGAGAGCAUCCUCUGACCGCUCGUCCUCCAGACUGACCUCCGCAGUAAAGCCUCUGCUCGAACACUCCACUGAAGCCAUCAUCGACAUCAAACCUGAUCUGGAGGACGAUGACCUCAUUACCAAUGACCCCAGAUUCACCACUUCUGGGAAGCCCCACCCCUUAACCAGCCGUUCAUCCGAUCGGAGUUCGGGAAGAGCUGAGGAGAGUUACAGGUCGUCUGAGGUCAUGAGAGGUCAGGAAAGGUCGAGCUCUGUUUAUGGGCGGAGCUACAGAGAAGGUAGCAGUAAGCAGGAAGAAUUUUCACGGAAAAGGAAAGCUCCCAUGGCGAGCUCUGUGGUUCGGAUUCAGAAAGGUCAGGAGCAACUUUAUGAGAGCGACGAGGACGAGGAGGAUGAGGAAGAUUACGGCGUGCCGAGUCGAGUUUCUCUGCCACCGAAACCAGAGCGCAAACCAUCUCUGCCUCCAGCAAAACAGGCCAACAAGAAUUUAAUCCUGAAGGCUAUUUCUGAGGCUCAGGACUCCAUCAGCAAGACCACAGCUGCGUACACCAUCCCUCAGCGACAGACCGUUCCUGUGGCGCCACGAACGCGAUCAGCGAGUGAUGACCUGAACAGAGCCGCCAUCCGAUUGGUCCAAGAGCACCUGCACGAGCUCCUCCCACAGGAAGCGCAACACACCCGCCCAAAUAUCCCUUCUCGCUCUCUGGCCUCACGACUGCAGCAGGAUCUGCCAGAUGAUGGGAGCAGAGAGCAGCAGUUUGAGUUGCACCUGUUGGAGACGGCGAGACUGAAGGCUCUGGACACUCGCUCCUUCAUCGUCAGGAAACCAGAGCUGGAACAGAAUCCACCAAUCAGGAGCAGGCUGGAAGUUGUUGAUCAGGAGGAGGCCCCGCCCACCACUCCACGCACAGUGCAGGCCAGAGAAAGAUCCGAGUGCAGUCCAAAGUUCAUCGUGACGUUAGACGGGGUGCCGAGUCCUCUCGCCAGUCUCACUGAACACGACAUGGACACUGACCACACCCCCAUGACCUUGGACCCCUCAGCCGAGCACAGGACAAAACCAGUGCACCUCAGCAUGACCUCUGACCUCUCGUAUGAUGAUGAAGGGAUGAUGAUGGAGGGAGAGGAACAGAUGGAGGAGGAACCAGUGCAGGUGAAGAGACAAAAGGUUCUGGAGCGCUGCAAGUUCUGGCCCGCAUGUAAGAGUGGAGACGAGUGUGUGUAUCACCAUCCUACAACACAGUGCAAGACGUUUCCCAGCUGUGUGUAUGGAGAGAAGUGUCUGUUCAUCCAUCCUAACUGUAAAUACGACAGCAAGUGUUCCAAACCCAGCUGUCCGUACACACACGUCAGCCACAGAGCCCUGCUGCAGCCUCCCAAACCAGAGCUCGGCGUGCUGGAUGGACAGGCCACGCCCACAAGAGACAAGCGUGAACAGAGAGCAAAUAAUGCUCCUCCUCAGUCCAGCAGUGUGUGUCGUUUCUUCCCGGAGUGUAAGAGGACAGACUGUACCUUCUAUCAUCCUAAACUAUGUCGCUUUGCAGCACACUGUCACCGUGCAGGAUGCACCUUCUACCAUCCACCAGCCUCCGUACCACCCAGACAUGCCCUCAAGUGGACUAAAGCUCAGGCCAGCUGAAACGGACAUGCGGCUUCAUCAUUCCUGUCUGUAGAGCCUGAUCACCACUGAACCUCAGGAGCCUGUUUUUUUUUUUUUAAUUAUUAUUCUCAAUUCUAUGUUUUGAUUGUUUUUAAAAAAAAACUGGAUUUUUUUUUUGUAGAUUGCCUCAUUCUGGCAUUAAAAGAUGAUGAAUAAAAUGAUUGUGGGCAUGUUGGA